AUGAAAUCACCAAUAAUAAUUAUUAGAGCAGCACUAAAAAUUAAUUCAAUUAUUCAUAUUGAUCUCUUAAAAAGUUUUCAUAAUCUUCCCGCACACAUUCUCCUCCCUUACGGGGAUCAAACCAUCGCAUUUAAUCAUGAUUCAACACGAUUGUGUGUUUCUUCUGACAAAGGAACUGUACACAUCUUUAAUUUGGACGCUAUUCUUGGGAAUGGCUUUAGUAAUUCUCCAAACAAUGGAGGGCCUUAUUAUGGUGAAAAAGUCGUUGUAAACAAUACUAUCCCAUCACCGAGCG